CCAGCAGCAUCUGCAGCAGUGAACCUGACCAGGAGCAAAGAUGGCGGCCCCUGCUCUCUCCGCUCGGUCCGGCUCGGCAGGCAGCCUCGGGAACAGCCUGGGGAACAGCCUGGGGAACAGCCCCACCUCGGCCGGAGGGAGGCUGCCGCCCGGGUCCGGCUCUGGUUCCGGUCCCGGACCCGGCCUCGGGCCCGAGCUCGACUUCAGGUCCGCGGCUCGGACCGAAGACCUGAACCGGCUCAUCGGGGAGUUCAGCAAGCACGAGCAGCGGGAGUAUGACGACCAGAGAGCCUUGGAGAUCCACACGGCCAAGGACUUCAUCUUCUCCAUGCUGGGAAUGGUCCAGAAGUUGGACCAGAAGCUCCCGGUGGCCAACGAGUACCUGCUCCUGUCGGGGGGGGUGCGGGAGGGCGUGGUGGACAUGGACCUGGACGAGCUGAGCGUCUACGCCCGGGGGACGGACUACGACAUGGACUUCACUCUGCUGGUCCCGGCGCUGAAGCUGCACGACCGCAACCAGCCGGUGACCCUGGACAUGAGGCACUCGGCGCUCGGCCACUCGUGGCUCAGUCUCCGCCUCUUCGACGAAGGAACCAUCAGCCGGUGGAAGGACUGCUGCACCGUGGUGGACCACGCCAACGGGACCGCCAACUACUUCUUCUCCCCCACUCUGGUGGCGGACUGGUUCUACCGGUCCAUCUCCCUGGUGCUGCUGGAGGUGCAGAAGAAGCCGCAGAGAGGGAUGCCCCGGGUGGAGAAGGUGGAGCGCCACGGCACCGUCAUCUCCGUGGUGCUGGGCGUGGCCAGCAGCCGCAUGCUGUACGACAUCGUGCCCGUGGUGUCCUUCAAAGGCUGGCCGGCCGUGGCCCAGAGCUGGCUGAUGGAGAACCACUUCUGGGACGGGAAGAUCACGGAGGAGGAGGUGAUCAGCGGCUUCUACCUGGUGCCCGCCUGCUCCUUCAAGGGCCGCAAGGAGAACGAGUGGCGCCUGUCGUUCGCCCGCAGCGAGGUGCAGCUGAAGAAGUGCAUCUCCUCCGGCCUGAUGCAGGCGUACCAGGCCUGCAAGGCCCUCGUCUCCAAGCUGCUGACCCGGCCCCGGGCCGUCAGCCCCUACCACCUGCGCAGCAUCAUGCUGUGGGCGUGCGACCGCCUGCCCGCCCACUACCUGUCCCAGGACGACUUCUCCGCCCACUUCCUGCUGGGCCUGAUGGACGACCUGCAGCACUGCCUGGUCAACAAGGCGUGUCCCAACUACUUCAUCCCUCAGUGCAACAUGCUGGAGACGCUGUCGGACGAGGCCGCCAUGCUGCACGCACGCAAGCUGUCGUCCGUGCGCUCCGACCCGGCCGAGCACCUGCGCUCCACCAUCGAGCACGCCAAGGCCGCCAACAGGCUGACCGUGGAACUGCAGUGGCGCGGCGGCUCCAACAACCUGCCGUCGCCGCAGUCGGACGCGGGGGGGGAGAGCCAGCCCGACGACCGUCUGGCCAAGAAGCUGCAGCAGCUGGUCACCGAGAACCCUGGGAAAUCCAUCUCGGUCUUCAUCAACCCCGACGACGUCACACGGCCGCACUUCCGCAUCGACGACAAGUUCUUCUGA